AUUCAACAUCGAGUGUCAGGAUUUAGUCAUGAGUUAAGCAGCCCAGUCUACAAGGACAUGUUUGUAAGCUGGAGAGGACUCCAAGAGUCCCAGCUGCUCCCAGGAAAUUCCCCCAGAGACGUUUUUGGAGAGGAUUUUCAAGCUCUUUUCGGAAAGUGGAUUGAAAAAGAGGAUUCCAGCGUGAGGUGAUCAGAGCGAUGUCUGCGCGGCAGGAGAGAGGAUUUAACUGAAUAAAGCCAGAGAAGUCGCUGAAGAUGGAUGUCCUGCAAACAUUCCUCCUGCUCUUCCUCCUGCACCAGGUUGUACCUGGGAAGGUGAACGGAGGAGCCACAGAUCUCAUCCAGCUGAGGGACGGGGACAGAGAGGAGACGUCUCCCACCCGGGCCAGUCCCAGGAUUAUCAACCCCCUGCGCUUGUUCGCCCGGGGCCCCUCGGAGCUCCAGAGCAACAUGAGAGAAAUGACAUAUUUACAGAACGUGGAGGACUUCUGGGACUGGUUAUCUAACCAGACAGACGUGGAGGCAGCGCAGACCAGGAUCAAACGCAGGCCCAUCGUCAAAACUGGCAAGUUUAAAAAGAUGUUCGGAUGGGGCGACUUCCACUCCAACAUCAAGACCGUCAAGCUCAACCUGCUGAUCACGGGCAAGAUCGUGGACCACGGCAACGGCACGUUCAGCGUGUACUUCCGCCACAACUCCACGGGCAUGGGCAACGUGUCGGUCAGCCUGGUGCCGCCCUCCAAGGUGGUGGAGUUCGAGCUGGCCCAGCAGUCCACGCUGGAGACCAAGGACACCAAAGCCUUCAACUGUCGCAUCGAGUACGAGAAGACGGACCGCAACAAGAAGACGGCGCUGUGCAGCUACGACCCAUCCAAGGUGUGCUACCAGGAGCACACGCAGAGCCACGUGUCCUGGCUCUGCUCCAAACCCUUCAAGGUCAUAUGCAUAUACAUCGCCUUCUACAGCGUAGACUAUAAACUGGUGCAGAAGGUUUGCCCCGACUACAACUACCACAGCGACACGCCGUACUCCUCCACAGGAUGACCGGACUCUUACUAAGUUUGCAUCAACCUUUUUCUUUUCUUGCUAAAUUAAGGCCACGUUUACACAUAGCCGGGUAUUUUACAAAAACGGAUAUUUCCCCUUCUACGUUUUGAAAAAUACCAUAAUUUCCAGGAACCUGCAUAAAUACGCUGUUAACGUGCUAUGAGCAGCCAAACCUACAGGGGGCAGUGUAACGAGAAGAUAAAGUCAUGCUAGCCAAUCAGAAUCCUGGAAAAAUACAACAACAAAUGACACGAGUAACUUCCAGUUUCUUCCAAGAUGAACGAGAGUCUUUCGUUUGGAGUGACAGAGAAGUGGAGUUACUUUUAAGUGUGACGUUAAAAUAUAAAACAGGUAAAAUACAAGAAAAUAUUGACGGUGGCCAAACAAAUUGUAACCACAGGUCGCACUAAUGACGCUGGUGACGCUUCUGUCUCAUAAUGUGACGUUCUGAAGCCUAAAUGUCCGUUUCUCUCUGUUUACAAGCAAAAAUGAAGACGGAGGUUUUGCAAAUCUCCACUAUGGCCGGAGUUUUCAGAAAUGAUGGUUUUUGGAGACUUUGAGCUUCGUUUUUGUUUAAACGAACGGCCAAAACGCAUGAAAACACCACCGUUUUUGCUACGUGUAAACGGGGCCUGAAAGUAAAUGUCAAGCUCUCAACUCCUUCUCCCAAAAUACCUAAAUACCUGUAUGUUGCAGGACGGGCAACAAAAAAGGGCAAAAAGCUGAAUGGGGUUCACAACAUUUUUUUGUAUAUACUGCACACGCAUUAAGAGUUAGAUUUGAAAUAGUUAGGUGUCCAGACUCAGCUGCAGUGACUGGUGUUAGAUUGGGAGAAGCUCGGGGGAAUCACGCUGUCACUGCUGCACAUCCUCUCUGUAAACCACGGCUGUAAUUACCCUGUUGUCCAGAUGUUUCCAGAUGUUUCCAGAUGGUUCCUGCAAGGCCAGACCAGAGGCAAAGGAGUCGUGCCAACUGGAAACGUGCACUUGGCUUCUGCACUGAUGCUACAGUAGCAUUUCCAAACUAUUUCCUCGCCUCAUUUGUAAUUUAUUUAUUUAUUUCAAAACAGGGAAAGUCCACAAUAAGACAUUCAUCUUUUACAAGAGAAUAUGCAUUUGUACCAGGUUGUAGCAGCUUGCUAUUUCCAGAGCUGGGUGGAGGAGCCAAACAUUGUACUCAAGUAAAAGUACUGUUACUUCAGAAUAAUAUGACUCAAGUAGAAGUAAAAAGUAGUCAUCCAAAUAAUUACUUGAGUAAAAGUAAAAAAGUACUUGGUGAAAAAACUACUCAAGUACUGAGUAACUGUUGAGUAACGUCUGAUUUAUUUUUUUAACACAACCAUUCAAACAGACAAAAGUACAAAAUAAACAUCUUCAGGCAAAUUAAAUCAAUAAAAUAAUAAAAUAAAUUAAAAUUAAUAAAAAAUAAAAAAUAGCUUAAAUUAAAACAUUCUUAAAGUAAAGUACUUUAAUACAUAAAAUAAAUAAAAUAAUAGCAGAAUAAAAAAAUAAAUUAAGCACAAGUAGCACAAAAUUUCCAGCCUUUGUACUUUUCUUUCUUAACCAGGCAGAACUAGAACAAACAUGAACUCAUAUAAACUCUGUGUGUGUUUGAGUCUGUUUAAAUGUGACAAAACAUGCAAAAACAAAAAUUUUUCCCAAAGAAUCACCCAGUGAUGUCAUGAGAUUGACGCGUACGUGGAUAAAAGGGAUAAAAGAAAAGUAACGAGCUCAACGUAGCCUAAUGUAGCGGAGUAAGAGGAACAGUUUCUUCUUCACAAAUCUACUCAAGUAAAAGUAAAAAGUAUAGUGAUUCAAAACUACUCCUAAAAGUACAAAAUUUCCCAAAACUUACUCAAGUAAAUGUAACAGAGUAAAUGUAACUCAUUACUACCCACCACUGAUUUCUAGCUGUUUAUUCGAAAAAGGACAGUGUCCCUCCCCCCAGGGGAGUUUGAUCAAUAGGUACUUUACGAAUAAGCUUUGAAUGAUUAACACUGUUAAAGCUUGUUUUUAAUCUGUAUCUUUCUCACCAAGGGAUUGAAACAAUGCAAAUGGAUUGAUUUCACCUAAUUGACAAAAUGACAAAUUAAAUUGAUCCAGUAAAUCUCAUUUCAAAGAGACCUGAGAGAAUGAUUGUAAAUGAUCACACGCGUAAGCAGCACCCAUCCAUGGAGAUCAGUGCGAGGCCUGCAGGUAAGCCGGGUCUGAGAGCCGGCGUCUGUGUUUGCAGGAGUGUUUGCAGGAUGUUUGCAGGAGUGUUUGCAGGAUGUUAGCAGGAGUGUUUGCAGGAGUGUUUGCAGGAGUGUUUGCAGGAGUGUUUGCAGGAUGUUAGCAGGAGUGUUUGCAGGAUGUUUGCAGGAGUGUUAGCAGGAUGUUAGCAGGAGUGUUUGCAGGAUGUUUGCAGGAGUGUUUGCAGGAUGUUAGCAGGAGUGUUAGCAGGAGUGUUUGCAGGAUGUUAGCAGGAGUGUUAGCAGGAGUGUUUGCAGGAUGUUUGCAGGGGUGUUUGCAGGAUGUUUGCAGGAGUGUUUGCAGGAUGUUUGCAGGAGUGUUAGCAGGAGUGUUUGCAGGAUGUUAGCAGGAGUGUUUGCAGGAUGUUCGCAGGAGUGUUUGCAGGAUAGUUUGCAGGAUAGUUUGCAGGAUGUUAGCAGGAGUGUUUUCAGGAUGUUUGCAGGAUGUUUGCAGGAUGUUUGCAGGAGUGUUUGCAGGAGUGUUUGCAGGAUGUUUGCAGGAGUGUUUGCAGGAUGUUUGCAGGAGUGUUUGCAGGAGUGUUUGCAGGAUCUUUGUGGGAGUGUUUAGAGGAGUGUUUGCAGGAGUGUUUGCAGUAAGUGUUUGCAGGAGUGCUUGCAGGAUGUUUGCAGGAGUGUUUGCAGGAUGUUUGCAGAAUGCUCUGAGGCUCCGCCUGCGGAGGAGACGUCCGUUGGACCAGCAGCAGCAGAGACGGGGGGGGCAGUAAGUGCAGGACAGGUGGAUUUAGUGAGUCUGGCAGACAAUUAUCAGCCCUUUGUAACAGUCCUGCCACCAGCCCUGACAUCACCUGUCUCUAAUGGGCUUUAAUUAGCCUGGGAAUUCUCCUUUUCCAAGACUGGCAACAAUUGAAAUGUGGUAUAAAAAGAUGAUUUUUUUAAAGGCAGGAGCACAGAAUCUGGUUGUAAUAGAGGGUUUGCAUUGAUGUCACUUCCCCACAGGACCAGCCCCCUUACUGCACUGAGUGGCAAAAACAGCUGCAACUAGUGGAGAAGACGGAAUAACAGCUGAUUAUCAGCUUAAAUUAAAGGCAGUUGGACUUGACAGUGACCCGUACAGUUACCCCAAGAACCAGUGGUCCAUGGACAUUAAUAUUUGGUACAGUUACCAAGAACCAGUGGUCCAUGGACAUUAAUAUUUGGUACAGUUACCAAGAACCAGUGGUCCAUGGACAUUAAUGUUUGGCACAGUUACCAAGAACCAGUGGUCCAUGGACAUUAAUAUUUGGUACAGUUACCAAGAACCAGUGGUCCAUGGACAUUAAUAUUUGGUACAGUUACCCCAAGAACCAGUGGUCCAUGGACAUUAAUAUUUGGUACAGUUACCAAGAACCAGUGGUCCAUGGACAUUAAUAUUUGGUACAGUUACCAAGAACCAGUGGUCCAUGGACAUUAAUAUUUGGCCACCAAUCCAGUUUCCUGAUAUUUAUAUGUACUUAAUUUCUACACUGGGGAAAUACACGAAGCAAAGCUUGAAGGCUUACAAACGUCUUGACGCUUGGUCCGACUUCAAGGCAGGAUUUGUUGUAGAAAUUAAAGUGAUGAGGACACUGAACUUUAUGAUUUGACCGUUUAACGUUAGCUACCCAAAAAUCCAACAUUACCUGAUACAAAAUGGGAACCACAAAUCCAUGUUUCAGUGUCUGGAAUCCAGUUGUUUCUGUGAAUUGCAGCGAUCCAUUUGUCUCUCUUAAGCUUAUUUUUCAUCAGUCUAUAAAACGAUAACUCCGAUUUCUUGCUAAAUCUAUGAGUACAGUCGAUCGCACAACAGCUCUUUCCCAUUUUAGAUGUUUUCCAGUUGCUCAAACUGAAAGUUUACGCUGACACUCAGUCUUUCUGACACUCAGUCUUUCUGACACUCAGUCUUUCUGACACUCAGUCUUUCUGACACUCAGUGGGCGUAACCCGCCGUGAAGUCGCAUCUGUGACGUCAUGAACUUUCCCCCUGUUGCUUCUCCCAGCCGUGAAGCAGGUAUAAAUUGGUAUAAAUUGGUAUAAACUGGUAUAAACUGGUAUAAACUGCCUGACAUUUGUGAACAAGUGGUUACAUUCCAGUCUUGUAGUACUUGCUCUCAUGUGCUUUGAACUAACAGUCAGUAAAACAGUUUUAAAAGGUUUUCAUUGGAAACUAUCCGCACAUGAAAUGCCAUGGACUGUGUUGUGUACAUAUUCCGGGGUUUUGGGUUCGGGGCAUGAAUCUGUGGCCACAGCCGUUCCUUCUGUCAAUGCUACUUUAUUUGGUGCAUCCCCACGUCUUAUCUCAUCAGCUGUAAAUGUCCCUGUCACCUCGCUCCACGAGGUGAGGUGUAUUAUAACUCACACUUGAUCUAUGUUUAGUUUGACUCUGUGCAAAUGCUGUGUAUUACCGUGUAAGUCUGAAACUGUACGUGUUCAACUAUUACUUCAGAGAAAAUGAUGUCAAUUUAUCCUGUUUUUUCCAGAGAAAUAUAUCUAUAUAUGUAUAACCUUUUCUUAUUUUUGGUGUUUUAUCAGGAAUAUUGAAAAGAUAAUUGUCACAUUUAUUGUUUACAGCCACAUGCUCUGAUUGACCUUGUAAGUGCAGAUUGUUCCCGCUCGGAUUUUUUUGCGUACUUUCCUCUCGUCUGGAUGGAUUUCCUCUUCUGGGUGUCGUGUAAUCAGUACUGGAGUUGAGGGGGAUGAGGGGGGAUGAAAUAAAAAAAUCACCCCCCCUGAAAUAAAAAAAUCAUCCCCCCUGUAAAACUGCCAUCCGCCCUUUCCAUCCCUUAUGUCAUUUCAUCAAUGAAUGUGGUUUUACUGCUAUUUCAACAUUUAGGGUCAUCACCAGAAAAAUAACUUAUUUGACAAUUUUCACCUGUUUCAAGUCAAUUUUCACUUGAAAUAAGUAGAAAAAUCUGCCAGUGGGACAAGAUUUAGUCUUAUACAAGCAAAAAAAUCUUGUUCCACUGGCAGAUAUUUCUACUUAUUUCAAGUGAAAAUCGACUUGAAACAGGUGAAAAUUGUUGUUUUUGCCAGGGAUGAGUCUUGUUUUAAGUGUAAUGAGAUUUUUUUUACUAAAAUGAGACAUUUUAACCAGAAAUAAGACAAAUAUUCUUGUUAAGAUUGUGAGUUUUUGCAGUGAUCCAUGUUACUUAUCCUGUGAAGGACAGAGUCAUAUUGAUAAGUUCAGAAAAGUGUUUUUAUUGUUGUGUUUUGAUGUAUUUGAUGUAAGCCCAGUGGAUAUUUAAAGCUUACAGAAGGCUGCAUUUAACUGCUGCUAUGUCAUUCCUGCAGUAUUUCUGCAGGUGUUUUGGUCACUGCUAUUAUUUGUAAUAUAUUAUAUUAUUUGUAAUCAGCACAAAUGAUCUGUUCCCAUAUGAUAAAAUCCACCAUCCCCCUGAUUUAUUUUACAACUCCAGUACUGAGUGUAAUUAUACAUGUUGAUUCUGCAAAAUAUUUGUUUCCAAAAGUACAUUUUUGUUUAAAAUGUAAUGGUUAAAGAUCAGAUUUCAGUCUUUCUGGCAUUAAACUUGAUUUGAACUUGGCGGUCUGGUUGCCGUUCGCCGUUGUCUCGUUUCAUCUGGGAACGGACUCC